AUAGAGAGAGAGAGAGAGAGAGCGCAUUCUAUACUUGUAGUCCUUUUUCCUUCUUUGUAGUUUCGCUCUCUCAAUCCCCAAUUCCCCUACACGGAAAUCUCCAAUUUCUAGGGUUUCUGCCACCGUCAGAUCCACCGCCCCCUCCCUCAGAUCUCCUUUGAUCUACUUCAACCAUGGAGGCGAUCGAAGAGUUGUUGCAACUGUCAGACUCGAUGCGCCAAGGCCAGGCCAUCCUCGCCGAUGAAGACGUUGACGAAAACUCUACCGCCUCCUCUUGCCGCUCCUCAACUUUCCUCAACGUCGUCGCUCUCGGCAAUGUUGUAAGUCAACCGAUGCCUUUUUCGAUUCGAUUCACUGCCAAUUCGAUCUCUUAGAUAUGCCUUGUUCUCUAUUUCCAGUCCCCAAUCUUUGAAUCUACGCUUUCUCUUUGGGAUCUUAAUUCAUGCGCGGCUUUUCCUCUCUUUGUUUCUGUCUCUAGCCCUAGACUUAGCCUAGCCUAGCUCCCAAAUAACGGGAUUUGAAUAUAAAAUCAAUUUGUUAAUGUUCGUAUCACAAUAUGCUUACUCUGCUAUUCAGUAUGUUUCAGGAAGCCAAGUUCAUCCAGCUCAGAUUUUGUUUGGGGUUCUGUACAUUAUAAACUUGGGAAUCCAUUUGUACAUCUAUGUGAAGACUGAUGUGGUAAGCAAAAUAUUUGAGCCGAGUUGUGGAAGUUUCAAAAUCAUCUCAGUAAGUAACAUUUUUUUAGGGUCGCAAAUAUUGGACCCCCUGGAGAAUCGUUUGUUAAGAGAGAGAAAUGGGAAGGUCAGAUAUGCUCACAUGCCCAACAUUCUGAUGUCUUGAUGCCUCAGUUGUAAUUGUAAUUAUCAGAUUCUCAGGUACUAGUGCAAACUAUGCAUCU